AGAUUAUUUCUUUUUAGGAAUGAUGUCGUACCUGAAAGUUAUGAUUACAUGGAACAUACUUUGCUUAUCCCUGGUGGUCCUUUCACUGUCCUUGAUUCCAGAAGUGUCUUCUCAAGAUGUAUCGAGCUGUACAGGGAGAUGUGGGGCAGGGUAUUCUAGAGAGCAUGACUGCCAGUGUGAUUUUAACUGUCACCACUACAUGGAGUGCUGCCCUGACUUCAGGAAAGUCUGCACAGUGGCCGCCUCCUGUGCAGGACGCUGCUUCGAAGCCUUCGAGAGGGGAAGGGAGUGCGACUGCGAUGCCGACUGCGAGCGGUACGGAAAAUGCUGCCCAGACUACGCCGAGCACUGCAAAGAGGCACACACAGAAAAGCCAACCCCAGAGACUCCUCCAGAAAACAAAUCAACAUCUAAAAGGUCCUCCACUGAUGAGGAAGAGUCACCAGAGGAAGCUGUGGAAGAUCCUGAAAUCCAAGUGACCACUCCUGCUCCAACUACAGAACCUGCACAGACAACCCCAGAGGCCACAGAGGAACCAGCAACCGAAGCCGACCCUCCUACUCCGGAUACACCAGAAGAUGUGACCCCUGAUGCCACAGAGGAGCCACUGACUGAAGUGGACCCAACUGACUUACUCCCAACACUAGACCCAACGCCUGACGCCUCCGAGGAACCAGCAACCGACACCGAGCCUCCCACCAGCCCCACAACUGAAGAGACAACCCCAGAGGAGCCAACAACACCACCACCAGAGGAGACAACCCCAACACCAGAGGAGACAACCCCAGAGGAGCCAACAACCCCAACACCAGAGGAGACAACUCCAACGCCAGAGGAGACAACCCCAACGCCAGAGGAGACAACCCCAACGCCAGAGGAGACAACCCCAACGCCAGAGGAGACAACCCCAACGCCAGAGGAGACAACCCCAACGCCAGAGGAGACAACCCCAACGCCAGAGGAGACAACCCCAACGCCAGAGGAGACAACCCCAACGCCAGAGGAGACAACCCCAGAGGAGCCAACAACUCCCACUCCUGAAGAGACAACCCCAGAGGAGCCAACAACACCACCACCAGAGGAGACAACCCCAACACCAGAGGAGACAACCCCAACACCAGAGGAGACAACCCCAACACCAGAGGAGACAACCCCAGAGGAGCCAACAACCCCAACACCAGAGGAGACAACCCCAACACCAGAGGAGACAACCCCAACACCAGAGGAGACAACCCCAACACCAGAGGAGACAACCCCAGAGGAGCCAACAACUCCCACUCCUGAAGAGACAACCCCAGAGGAGCCAACAACCCCAACGCCAGAGGAGACAACCCCAACGCCAGAGGAGACAACCCCAACGCCAGAGGAGACAACCCCAACGCCAGAGGAGACAACCCCAGAGGAGCCAACAACUCCCACUCCUGAAGAGACAACCCCAGAGGAGCCAACAACACCACCACCAGAGGAGACAACCCCAACACCAGAGGAGACAACCCCAACACCAGAGGAGACAACCCCAACACCAGAGGAGACAACCCCAACACCAGAGGAGACAACCCCAGAGGAGCCAACAACCCCAACACCAGAGGAGACAACUCCAACACCAGAGGAGACAACCCCAACACCAGAGGAGACAACCCCAACACCAGAGGAGACAACCCCAACACCAGAGGAGACAACCCCAGAGGAGCCAACAACUCCCACUCCUGAAGAGACAACCCCAGAGGAGCCAACAACCCCAACGCCAGAGGAGACAACCCCAACGCCAGAGGAGACAACCCCAACGCCAGAGGAGACAACCCCAACGCCAGAGGAGACAACCCCAACGCCAGAGGAGACAACCCCAACGCCAGAGGAGACAACCCCAACGCCAGAGGAGACAACCCCAGAGGAGCCAACAACUCCCACUCCUGAAGAGACAACCCCAGAGGAGCCAACAACUCCCACUCCUGAAGAGACAACCCCAGAGGAGCCAACAACCCCAACGCCAGAGGAGACAACCCCAACGCCAGAGGAGACAACCCCAACGCCAGAGGAGACAACCCCAACGCCAGAGGAGACAACCCCAGAGGAGACAACAACCCCAACACCAGAGGAGACAACCCCAACACCAGAGGAGACAACAACUCCAACCCCAGAGGAGCCAACAACCCCAACACCAGAGGAGCCAACAACCCCAGAGGAGCCAACAACUCCCACUCCUGAAGAGACAACCCCAGAGGAGCCAACAACCCCAACACCAGAGGAGACAACCCCAGAGGAGCCAACAACCCCAACACCAGAGGAGACAACCCCAGAGGAGCCAACAACUCCCACUCCUGAAGAAACAACCCCAGAGGAGCCAACAACCCCAACACCAGAGGAGACAACCCCAGAGGAGCCAACAACCCCAACAACAGAGGAGACAACCCCAGAGGAGCCAACAACCCCAACACCAGAAGAGACAACCCCAGAGGAGCCAACAACUCCUACUCCUGAAGAGACAACCCCAGAGGAGCCAACAACUCCCAAACCUGAAGAGACAACCCCAGAGGAGCCAACAACCCCAACGCCAGAGGAGACAACCCCAACGCCAGAGGAGACAACCCCAGAGGAGCCAACAACCCCAACACCAGAAGAGACAACCCCAACACCAGAAGAGACAACCCCAGAGGAACCAACAACCCCAACACCAGAAGAGACAACCCCAGAGGAGCCAACAACUCCAACACCAGAGGAGACAACCCCAGAGGAGCCAACAACCCCAACACCAGAAGAGACAACCCCAGAGGAGCCAAAAACCCCAACACCAGAGGAGACAACCCCAGAGGAGCCAACAACCCCAACAACAGAGGAGACAACCCCAGAGGAGCCAACAACCCCAACACCAGAAGAGACAACCCCAGAGGAGCCAACAACCCCAACACCAGAGGAGACAACCCCAGAGGAGCCAACAACCCCAGCACCAGAGGAGACAACCCCAACCCCAGAGGAGACAACCCCAGAGGAGCCAACAACCCCAACACCAGAGGAGACAACCCCAGAGGAGCCGACAACACCAACACCAGAGGAACCAACAACCGCAACACCAAAGGAGACCACCCCUGAAGAGCUGACAACCCCUAAACCAGAAGAGACAACCCCAGAGGAGGUGACAACGCCUACACCAGAGGAGGUGACAACACCCACACUAGAGGAGACAUCAACACCAACACCAGAGGAGCCAAAAACUCCUAUACCAGAGGAGACAAACCCAGAGGAGCCAACAACCUUGGCUGACUCUCCCACCACCCUGAAAACUGAAGAGACGACCUUGGAGGAGGCAACAACUCCCAAACCCGAAGAGACAACCCCAGAGGAGCCAACAACUCCCACUCCAGAAGAGACAACCCCAGAGGAGGUGACAACUCCCACACCAGAGAAGCCAACAACCCCCAAACCCAAAGAGACAACACCAGAGGAAUUGACAACCUUGGCUGACUCUCCAACCACCCUAAAACCUGAAGAGACAUCAGAGGAGGCAACAACUCCCAAACCUGAAGAGACAACCCCAGAGGAGCCAACAACCCCUAAAAUAGAGGAGACAACCCCAGAGGAGCCAACAACCAAGGCAGACUCUCCUACCACCACCCCCAAAGCUGAAGAGACAACCCCAGAAGAACCUACAACCCAGGCAGACUCUCCCACUACCUCUAAACCUGAAGCAACAACCUCAGAAGAAAGUACAACCAAGGCAGACUCUCCCACCACCCCUAAAGCAGAAGAUGCUGACUCUCCAACCAUCCCUGAUGCCAGUACCACUACCAGUAAAGCCACAGCUGCUCCAGGCAAUGUUGCACCCACAACAGUUGGGAAGGACUCCCCCACACUUGGGGCAGGCACGAUGCUUUCAGAUACCACAAUGGAGAACAAGGAGACAACAACACCAAAGAAAGACAGAACUACUCUGCUUAAAGACCUUUUCACAGCUGCAACUGGGAAAGACACGGUUACUGUAGCUAUGGUGACAACAGCUAAACCAGGUGAUUCUCCUAAAGGUAUGGAUGACAUUCCAAACAUAGCUCCAAUGGCCAAGGAACCUGUCACUGCAGCAGCUGAAAUAACUUCUACAGACACCAAGACUGCAACAACAGCAGCCACAGGUCCCUUGCCCAAUCCAACUGUGCUGGUAACAACCAUCAAAGAAGAUUCAACUCCUCAGCCGGGUGAUGCUGCAACACCAAAUGCAAAAGAGACAACUACAGACACUGAGCAGGCUGGCCCAGCAGCAGACAAAGGGAACCCAGGUGCUACUUGCAUUAUUGUGGAGAUGACAACAGCUGGUAAAAAAGAGGUAACAACCAUUAAAGAAAUGGGCACCACACCUGAAAAAGCAACGGGUGAUGUCACUGAAAAGGCCCCUGGUAUUGCCAAAGAAGAGGUAACUACAGUUACCAAAGAAACCACAACAAGGGAUAAAAAGGACACAAUAGAAGAAAUGUAUCUUGUGUCCAAUGGGACAUCCAAGCCAACAAUACAUUUCCAGGAGAUCACUGAGGCCACAGAAGAGCCUCACCCCACUGAACCUGAAACUCUGCCAGCAAAAGAAGAGCCUGAGAUAAACAAGCCUUUAAUACAAGUCGGGGACCUGCCAAUGUUCCCUGGAGAAACACAGGGGAAGAACGACGAGAAGGACCUGUGCAGCGGCAAGCCAGCGGACGGCAUGGUGGCCCUGCCCAAUGGCACCCUGGCCGUCUUCCGAGGUCACUAUUACUGGCUGCUGAACGGCCGGACCCCGCCGACCACCAACCCCCGCCGGAUCACCGACGGCUGGGGCAUCCCCUCGCCCAUCGACUCCGUCUUCUCCAGGUGCAACUGCGAUGGGAAAAUCUUCUUCAUCAAGGGUCCCCUGUACUGGCGCUUCACUAAUGGUGUUAUGGAUAAUGGCUACCCCAAACCUCUUGCAACUGGAUUUGCAGGGUUAAAUGGGAGAAUAGUAGCAACCCUCCCUGUGGCAAGAUACAACAACAGACCCGAAUCCGUUUAUUUUAUCAAAAGAGAUGGGAACAUGCAGCAGUAUGUGUACAGACAAGAACCAGCCAAGAAGUGUCAAAGAAGAGCCCGGGUCACCAUCAGAUACCCAGCCUUUGUCCCCAGAGUUGUCAUCCGGCGGCGCUUCCAGCGUGCUGUGCAAAUGCCGACCGUCAUCCGCACUGUCAGGAUCAACUCCCACCCCUCUGGAGUUCUGCGCAAGGAAAUCCAAAUGACAACGUACUGGAGAGGGCUCCCCAAAGUUGUCCACUCAACUCUCUCUGUGCCCAACCAGAACAAGCCUGAUGGCUACGACUACUACGCCUUCUCUUACAAUCGGUACUACAGUUUGGAUAUUGGCAAAAGAAUAGCACGGCCUGUUACUGCUCUCACAGGAAAGACUGUAUCCAAAGACUGGUACAACUGUCCCAGCAAGUGAUGCACAGCAGAGGAGUUUAAAAUAAGAUGCCAUUUGGAUGUCAACGUUUUUUCUAAUUUUAUUAAUAAAAGACAUUGAAAUAUG